UAUUAACUGUUACGUGACACGAACAGUUUUAGGGCGGCGACUUCCAUCCGCCGCUCGAAUGUGACAAUUCCAGAACCGAGAACCGACUGAAGAUUAUACUCCAAACACUCCCACGAUUCUCCUUUUUCAUUUUCACUUUCACAGCAAAACUCCGUGAGCAGAACAAUGGAGGAAUUUGCAGUGGAUGAUCCCACUCAACUGCUCGAAGCAGCUGCGGACUUCGCAAGCUACCCCGGUGUUCGGACUGAUGCCUCGGUGAAGGAAUUUCUCGACCGUUUUCCUCUCCCCGUCAUCAUCAAUGCUUUACAAACAAAAGCAGAAACUCCUGGUCUGGAAAACACGUUGGUUGCUUGUCUCGACAGGAUAUUCAAAACCAAAUAUGGUGCUUCCUUUAUCCCACAUUUUAUGCCUUUUAUACAGGUUGGACUGCGAGCAGAUUCUCAAACAGUUAGAGAUCUAGCUUGUAAAACGGUCACUUUCCUUUUAGAGGAGUCUGAUAAUGAUGCGGUUUUGGCCAUACAACUAAUUAUUGACUAUGGAAUUUAUCCACUUUUGCUCGAGUGCCUUCUGAAUGGUAAUGAACAAGUUGCUAACUCAUCAAUGGAUGCAAUAAAGAAAUUGGCUGCAUUUCCAAAGGGAAUGGAAGUUAUCUUCCCAACAAAUGAAACGGAAGCAACUCACCUAGGAACUCUAGCUUCAACAUGUUCAUCUCUGGGAAGAGUUCGAGUUAUGGCACUGGUAGUGAAACUAUUUUCUGUUUCUAGAUCUGUGGCAUCAGCAAUAUACAAUUCAAAUUUACUAAAUCUACUGGAAAGUGAAAUCAACAACUCAAAUGACACACUUGUAACUUUAAGCGUGUUGGAACUCUUGUACGAGUUAGUGGAGAUUGAACAUGGUACAAAGUUCUUGCCAAGGACCAGCAUUCUCCAACUACUAAGUUCUAUAAUCAGCAACUCAUCAACGGAGUCUAUCUUAAGGUCAAGAGCAAUGGUCAUCAGUGGAAGACUUCUAUCAAAAGAGAAUAUGUACUUGCUUGUAGAUGAAUCUUGCGUAAGGAUUCUAAUAUCUGCUAUAGAUGAAGCUCUUGGGUCAUCAGAAGGUCAAGAUGUAAAUGUAUGUGAAUCUGCAUUUGAAGCACUGGGUCAAAUAGGGUCAACUAAUCGGGGAGCUACUUUACUGCUGUCAAGUUUCUCAACUUGUGUGAAGCUUUUAAUUCAUGCAGCAUUUGAUCGGCAUGAACAUGGUAAACAGCUGGCAGCCAUGCAUGCUCUUGGCAAUAUCUGUGGAGAAACCCGAUCUGAGAAUGAUAUUAUGCUGAAUGAUAUGGCAGAAGAAAAUUUGCGGGACUUGAUGUAUCAAAUUGCAUCCAGAAGUUCAAAAAUUAUGCCAUCAGGCCUUUUUCUAGCUGUCCUUCAGCAGGACUCUGAGAUUCGAUUGGCGAGUUAUAGAAUGAUAACUGGGUUGGUGGCUCGACCUUGGUGCCUUAUGGAAAUCUGCUCGAAACAAGAAAUAAUAAAUAUAGUGACUGAUGCAAGUACUGAGACUACGAAAAUAGGAAUGGAAGCUAGAUAUAAUUGUUGUAUGGCUAUCCACAAGGCCUUCAUGUCUUCAACUAGGCUUACUGGCGAUCCUGCCCUUGCAGGAAUAGCUUCGAAGUUGCAGGAAGCUGUUAGAAAUGGUCCAUAUCUUACUAGGAGGAAUUUUGAAACUCAACCAGCAGUUAUGACAGCUGAGAGAUUUUAAGAGCAGAGUAGGGUUCAAAUGUAAGCAACCCUUUUAUACAGUGGUUUGUAGGCAGACUCAUCUUUGGUUUCAAGUUGAUAGGUUAAAGAAGUCUUUUAAGAUCCAAGGAGUUAUGUGAAAAUCAUCUCUUGAAUUGUGAGUUCACAGAAGUUGAAAAAUGGAAAAUGUUCUCCAAGGAUUGUGUAUAAUGGUACUACUCUACUCUGUGGAUAAAGACGAGUGAAAUGGAUGUCUAAUGUUUACGAGUCCACUUUUCGUUUUGUUA